UGAUAUCUACACAACACAGUAGAUAAUCAUUUUAUUGAAGAUCUGUUUUUUUUUUUUUUCUUAAAUUCCAAUUCCAUUUGUUGCUAACCCUAAUUAUUUUAAAAUAAACCCAAGUUUCUAAAUUUAACUUCGAUUUAAUUUCACAUACUAAAAAGCCUCUCUAUUCACUAGCAACAAUAACAUAAAAUAUUAUCCUUCCAAAACACACUCAUCUCACUUCAUUCUACGUAUGCCUCCUCUCACGCAUUAUUGUCUCCAAUAUCUCCACACGCAUAACACCACGACACAAUCCCACACUCUCUCUACGCUGCGCAAUUUAGCGACGCCCAUAACGUACCCAACACAUUCAUUCCCUUCUCCGCGCCAACUCUUAGAACACCGCAUAGCUUCUCUGAUACAGCAAUGCCCAAACAUGCGUGCCCUUCGCCAAAUCCACGCCCAUUUCCUCAAAUUCCCCUCCCCCUCCUCCUCCUUCGCACUCUCCAAGCUCAUCGCCUUCGCCGCGCUCUCCGAUCGCGGCGAUAUCGGCUACGCCCGUCGCCUGUUCGAUGAAAUGCCUCGCCCAAAUGUGUUCUCUUGGAAUUGUAUGAUAAGAGGGUGUUCUUUGGUCCCAAACCCUUCUAAAGAACCCAUCUUGCUCUACAAGAAGAUGGUUGCUCGGGGAUUCGCCAACCCGAAUAGCUUCACCGUUGCUUUUGUUUUGAAGGCUUGUUCGGUCGUUUCGGCGCUCUCCGAAGGCCGACAAAUCCAUUGCCGUGCUUUCCGGCACGGGCUCGAUUCGAGCCCGUUUGUGCAAACUGGGUUGGUGAACUUUUAUGCAAAGUGUGAGGAGAUUGCGCUCGCAAGGUCGGUGUUUGAUGAAACUCCCGAGAGGAAUUUGGUCGCUUGGAGCGCGAUGAUUAGCGGGUAUUCGAGGAUCGGAUUGGUUAUUGAAGCUCUGGGCUUGUUUAGGGAGAUGCAGGAGGUGGGUAUUGAUCCGGAUGAGGUGACGAUGGUGAGUGUUAUCUCGGCUUGCGCGAGGGCGGGGGCAUUGGAUUUGGGGAGGUGGGUCCAUGCGUUUAUCGACCGGAAGAGGAUCACUGUCGAUCUCGAGCUGAGCACUGCAUUGAUCGACAUGUAUGCAAAGUGCGGGGCGAUUGAGAAGGCAAGAAAGGUGUUUGAUGAGAUGGAAGUGCGGGAUGCGCAAGCUUGGAGUUCAAUGAUUGUUGGGUUGGCCAUACAUGGGCUUGUGGAGGAUGCUUUGGAGCUUUUCUCUAAAAUGUUGGAGUCGAAGGUGAAGCCAAAUCAUGUGACUUUCAUUGGUGUGUUGUUGGCCUGUGCACAUAGUGGAUUAGUGGAUGAUGGCCGACGAUUUUGGUCCACCAUGCAGGAGUUUGGGGUUGAGCCAUCAAUGGAGGUUUAUGGUUGCAUGGUUGACCUACUUUGCAGAUCUGGUCUACUAGAUGAAGCUUACUCAUUCGUCACUACUAUGCCUAUAUUGCCAAAUUCUAUAAUAUGGAGGACUCUGCUGGUCGGAUGCAGAAACAAUAAUAAUCUCGAUAAAGCAGAAUUAGUAGCCAAUAAACUUCUUGAAAUAGAACCACUCAAUGCGGAGAAUUACGUGCUUCUCUCCAACUUGUAUGCAUCGAGCUCUCAGUGGGAGAAAGUGAGCUUUAUGAGGAAAAAGAUGAAGGGCCAUGGUGUUAAGAUUGUGCCUGGUUCCAGUUCUAUCGAGAUAAAUGGCUUUUUGCACAAGUUUGUCGUAGGUGAUGACUCACACCCUGAAAUAAGGGAGAUAAGGAAGGUGUUAAGGGACAUAGCUGAGCUUGCUCGAAAAGCUGGUCACAAGCCUUGGACAUCAGCAGUAUUGCAUGAUGUGGGUGAAGAGGAAAAAGAGGAGGCUUUAGUUGAGCAUAGCGAGAGGUUAGCCAUUGCUUUUGGGUUGUUGAAAAUUAAGGCACCUAACGUUAUUAGGGUGGUGAAGAACUUGCGAUUUUGUGCGGAUUGCCAUGAGGUGACAAAGAUAAUAAGUAAGGCAUAUGAAAGAGAAAUAAUUGUGAGAGACCGCAUCCGGUUUCAUCACUUUGUUAAGGGAACUUGUUCUUGUAAGGACUUUUGGUGAUUGUUUUUCCCCAUCAUUAUUUUUUGCAGCGCAAUUCAUAAAGUGUGCCUUAUUAUACUUUAUGAGAGCAAGGGAGCUACAUGGAGAGAGUUUAGCUCCCUAUUGAAUAUUGGAAGAUGAAGGGGGUAUACACAGAUGAGCGAAGAAGGGUGAAUGUAAGGCAUGAACAAGUUGGUUCUCAGUUCGGACGCGAAGCAUGAAUAUUUACUGUGCCUUUGGUUUCAUGUUCCAUUCUAAGGUAAGCAGAAGAUUGAAAAGAAGACAUUGCCUCGCACGUGGCAGAAAUCCUGCUCAGAUUUGAUUGUGGGGACUGGGGAGGCUCAUUCCUUCCUUCUAUAGAACACUGCUGGCAACAGUAAAACCGCUCAUUCCUUCCUUCUAUAGAACACUGCUGGCAACAGUACAACCUGUUUAAUUAGAGAGAAGCAUCGACAUCAUUGUAGAUCAUACUACGGUGUCUGUGUUGGGACUUGGGUAUACUAAAUAUCUUGAUCUUGGGCGUAUAUUGAACAAAACUGAGAUAGGAACCUGCUACGUAUGGUAUGUACUAGUUUAGUUUGUGGUUUAGCUGUCUUGGAUUGUGUUGAGUGUAUGUAAUACUUCAGAAAAUUCAUUGUGUUUUGGUUGUUUCUGCUUGCUUUCUAGCAUCUACUUUUCGUCCCCUGUAUAAAAAAAACUUACUUUUUAAGUUUUAA